UGUCAUGAGGGAUUUUGUUAGAGGUGGUCGUGUUUUGGUUUUGAAAAUUUUCACUAUGCAAAUAUGAAUAAGAAGUACGAAAGUUUAUUUUACCAAAAACUUUUAGUUUAAACUUUGCUAAGUGUUUAAACAAUUAAGUAGUGUUUGGUGAUGUUUUUUAUUUGAAAAACUAUUUGUAUAAUGGACACUUUAGUAUAAAAUAAUGCAUAAAUACUAUAUCUCGGUGUUAUUAGUGCGCUUGGUUCUACCAGCGUCACUUCUUCUUGGUAUAGCACUGCGGCCAUUUGGCCUUUCUCUUAUAUAUUUGCUGCUGUACUUGAUAGCGCCGUUUCCACAAGUACCAGAUUCCAAAACAUUCCGAGGCUGCCGAGGCAAAUAUCUUCAACUCAAUCUUGUUGUCUCCGCGUUGCUUUUGCUAGUUCAUGCAAUAUGGCACAGUGUCCUGGCAGGUUUUGCGCCUUAUGGCUCUCUUUUCGAGGAUUAUCCGAUCAUUCAAACGAUCGGAUUCAACCUCGGUCUUGUAUCAUAUGCGGGAAUAGAUCCACUUAUGGCAGUGCAUUAUCUUGCACCGGAGCUGGUUGUAAUGGGCACAUCAUUAGCAGUGAACUUGAUGGUGCGUACCCUUCUUGUUGGAUCUUCUAAUGAUGAAGUUAUUAGAAAAGAUUCCAAGCAUCAGCGGUUUCCUUUGCUCACAAGUGCAGGCAAAUAUCUCGCACUAUUACUUUUAAUGGCAUCCGGAAUAAUGCGUCCUAGUGUAACAUCAGGGAUAUAUUUCCUGGUGUUUAUGGGUGCGGCAACGGCUUGGGCUGUAGGAAAGCCCCUAGAACGUGGGUUUGCCGUGGUGAGCCGCUGUGUCAUGGCCAUCAUGGGCGUCCAUAUAGCAGUACUUCUUGUUUACCAGUGCACUUGGAUCAUAGACAUUUUUCCACCAGAGACGGAUAUGGCUAGAUAUUUUGGCCUCACAAAACUAGUUAUACUUAACGAAACAGAUUCAUCGAAUUUUACGUAUGAAGUGACCGACGACCACAUGUGGGCUACUUUGGCUAGUCCCAUAGUGAUACUCUUUUCAUACUUUUUCCUCGCCAUUGAAACGCGAGAACUCUUCAAACCAAAGGCGAAGAAAAAGAGUGCUUUAACUGGCCUCGAAGCGGGUAAACUGAACGGUUCUUUGGUGCGCGGCGUGUCCUUCCACCGCGGCAGCAGACACGCGCCGCGCGACAAGUGGAGGAACGCCACGAAGAAAGUUCGCCUCCUUCGUAACAUGAGCCCUAGUAAGCGCUGGUCGGGCGGCCGAGCCAGCUCUGUUACGCGUCAACUGCACCAAGACUCCACCGGUUCCGUCGUUGUACCUGAUGAAGAAUCAGUAAUGGAGAUAGAAGAGCCAACAUUAAUGGAUGAUAUUGUGGCUGCAGUCGUUGACUUCUUCCAAGUACUAAUCAGAUCUUCCUACAUAGCGACAACGAUAACAAUGAUGGCAUGGAGUAUAAUGUUCCACUCGUGGUUGACAUUUGUGUUCCUCAUGUGGGCAAAUAUCGUGUGGUUAUGCCAGGAUCAGCGCUCCUUUAUGUUGAAGACGAGUCCCGUGCUGGUUUGCUACGCAAUGUUACUGCUUAUCGCGCAGUACAUCUAUGGCAUGAAUCUUACGGAGAGCGAGCUACCGUCUAAUAUUCCACGCCAGGAGGUGAAUCUGCACCAGAUAGGCCUGGGCCGGGAGGAGGGCGAGCCGUGUGUGCCGCUUCUGAUCAAGUCACUGUUCACGUGCAUGUUCUGGGUGACGCUGCGCCAGCGCGUGCAGGAGCUGCGGCGCCGCCGGCACUCCGCCGUCGUCACCGACAUGGCGGCGCCGCUGCACCUCACCGUCUCCGCCGCCGCCACCGGUGUGGACGCCUCUCGUGAAGAGGAGCAACGGUCGCGCUUGCUGGUAGCGCUAGGCGAGUGGCUGCGGGCUGCAUGCGCGCGGUACUGGAUUUACGUAGUCGUGAUCAUGCUCUUCGUGAUCGGCAUCACGGGCGAGCGAAUGACUAUCUUCAGGAUCAUAUACAUGUUCCUAUUCCUGUUCUUCAUACUCAUGUUCCAGAUAAGUUGGUACUGGUGGCGUCGUCUGAUGUACGUUUUUUGGAUAACAGUUAUUAUAUAUUCAAUGAUCAAUCUCAUUCUAAUUUAUAUAUACCAAUUUGAUAAUUUCUCGAAGACAAUAGAAACCUAUUUGAUGAUCAACGAGAGAUUGCAACAUGAUUUGGGUUUAGAGCCAUAUCAUCGGGCAGACUUAUUCGUAAAACUAUUAACGCCUACCUUGUUUCUCAUCAUUACAAUAAUGCAGGUGCACUAUUUCCAUAAAGACUUUAUGGCAUUAUCUGACCCUAAAACGAGGACAAAUAGUAUAGCUAGAGAAGUAGACUCAAGUAGGCCUAGUCAAGGCGGUACUUCCACUAUGAAAGAUGAUCUACCACCGCUGCCACUAGAAGAUAGACCCGCAAACGAGCACUCCGACAGUGACACUGAAGCGGAGCAGUCUAUAGGGACGGCUUCCUUCAAUACUGCUGCUCGUCGUUCUAUGUACAGGAAGUCGUCGCGCAGCCGCUCGUACGCGGCGCGGGAGCGCGCGUCGGCGUGGCGCGCGGCGCGCGGGUUCGCGUGGCGGCGCUGCGGCGCGCUGCGGCGCCGGCUGGCCGACUGGACCGACAAGGCCUUCAUCUUACUCGACGUACAUCUUAUCAAGAUCGUCUUUCUCUCGCUCAUGCUGCUCUGUGUCUUUAAUGUCUGUGCCAUGCACGUUCCAAUAAUGAUAAUUAUCGCACCGGCGCUGUUGCUAAGCUCUCGUAAGCAACGAAUAUGCGUAUUGUUAAUAUCUACUCUAAUAAGUGUUUACUUUAUGGCGAAGAUGGUCUACCAAAUAGAGUAUAUAAAACAUUCAUUCUUUGAUGUGAACUGUACAAAGAUGGGAGAGAACAAUACAUGGAAUACGACAGUUUAUAACAACGCCGAAUGGGUUGGGUUCAGCAAGGCGACGUCGAAGCGGCCUCUAGUGGUGCUCUUAAAGGGCUAUAUAGGCCUAAUCGCAGUUUUCACCUUCUACUCGCUAGUCACAUACAGGCAACAAACGCUCAGGAGCAUGGGUCUCCUACCGGCCAACAAGGAGAAGAUAAUGUUUCCAGAUGUCGCCCGCGUAGACGCGGAUAAAAACCUGAUACAUUGCUUUAAGUAUUUAGUGAACUACGGCUUCUACAAGUUCGGAGUCGAGAUCUCGCUGAUGUGCCUGAUGGGCGUGAUCGGCUCGCGCAUGGACGUGUGCGCCGUGCUGUACGCGGGCUGGCUGCUGGCGCUGGCGGCGGCGCGGCGCGCGCGCCUGGCGCGGCUGUGGCCCGCCUUCACCGCCUGCGUCACCGCGCUCGUGCCGCUGCAGUACAUGCUGGCCGUCGGCUUCGUGCCGCAGCUGUGUCUGCGCUACCCCUGGAGCGGCAACGACCAGCAAAUGAAACAUAUCCGUACUUGGCUCUUUUUACCAUACGACGACGAGCCCCCGCAUGCGGUGAAGCUCAUCUUCGAUUACUUCCUGCUUUUGUUCGCGGCGCGCCAGUUGAGAGUGUUCAGAGUGGAAAAAGUCCAUGGUGACUCUUACGCAGGCGGUUCCAACAGCGAGGACAUCGGCAAAGAGUGGGAAACCCCCAACUUUGUUAAUCCAGUUCCGGACUUUUUAGGAUAUGUCGGAUCAUGGUUAGAUGUCUUAAAAAGAAUGGUAUUUCUGGGCAUGUUGUGGGUGACCCUCGCCAUUAUGUUCAUGACGGGCACUAAUCGUGUCAAUCUGUUUUCGAUGGGCUAUCUCAUCGGUUCUUUCAUAUUCCUGUGGCAAGGAACAGACUUCUAUUUACGUCCAAAGGAAGCAAUUUUGCAAUGGUGGUCCUGGCUCCUCCGCUACAAUGUAUCCGUUGUGGUAGUGAAGGCGCUGCUACAAAUCCCGGGUUGCAUGUUCAGCUCAGUGCUGCAGGAACACGCGUGCUGGCUCGUGCAGCUGCUGGGCAUCGGCUGCGUCGACAAGUUCGCCGGCGGGAACAUCGCCAGGUUUCUUAAGAUGCAGUAUGACAAGGAUUCAAUGUGUUCAGUUCCUCAAGAAGACAUUGGUUUGGCGUGGGAUGGAGUUUGUUUCGCUUUCCUGAUAUUGCAAAGAAGACUUUUCCACAGUUACUAUUUCUACAGAGUUAUCGAUGAAAGCAAAGCUACCACUGUUCUCGCAUCUAGAGGUGCGGAUUUAAUUGAGGAACUUCGUCAAAAACAAAUGAACAUUCAAGAGGAACAAGAAGUAAAGAUAUUGGAAAAGAUUAAAGUUAAAAUGGAAAGAAUUAAAGCGAAUCAGAAGAAGAUACAGGGAGUUAUGUCAAAGGAACCCGUACACCACGAUGCAGGAAGUGGUACCGUUUCCGCGCCAGUCACACAUAGGCAUAAAGCACGCGUGAGACCUCCGUUUAAGCCGCCCGCCAGCCAUCAGAAGGCGGUGCGUUCCGGAGACUACUACAUGUUUGAUGAGUUUGACGAUACUGAUGUACAUUUGAAAGACGAUGAGUCCAGUUCAGACGAAGAAGCACCGAAAACUAUGGGUUUCGGGAAGCUGGUGUCGACGGCCAUCAAGACGGACGUCCGCCGCGCCGUGUCGCUGCGCCGCGCGUCCGCGCCCGCCGUGCGCACGCGCGCCUCCUCGCUCACCUUCCCCUUCUCCUAUCCGCGCCAGGGUCGGACAACUACACCUCGGUCAGAGGCUGUACGGGAAGCCGACGUGGAUGUAAAGGUAUCAGAGCAUGAUCGGCCCGGACCAUCAUCAGAAUUAGAGGAUUUCGCACCGCAACCAGAAUCGGAGUCGUUCAUUGAUAAAUUAAAGGGAUUCUUAGACACCGCUACAGCCUUUAUAUCUAGUAUACUUGUAUCCUUGACGCGUCACCUGAUGAAGUAUUCGCGAGAUUACAGAUACGUGUCGCGUACAUUAUCUGUUGAAAAAAAGAGGCUCAAGGAGAAGGAAGGUUUCGGUAUCGGUCGACGAGAAGGUUCACAGAUGAUUUGGGAGCCGCUACCCGAAACGCUGUUGCAUCACCGUAAGUUAAGCGAUUUAAGCGUCCCGGAGAUCCGUAUCUUGGCGGCCAGCGUGGAGGACGGGCUGGACGUCGCCUCGAGCGUGUCCUCCGACGACACCUCCGAACACGAGAGCGCCUUUAGCUUACAGACUACCGAAAGUAAGGAUGUGACGACGUUGGAAGAGCAAGACGACUCGAUGUUUAAGCAAGAAAAGUCUCCGAUAAUACAUCUCGUUUAUGCAUUGUGGUAUGCGGUGUUGGCGCAUACCGACAUCGUCUGUUACAUUAUGGUGUUCAUAAACCAGAUCCAGUCGGCAACAAUUCUUUCCAUCCCAUUACCUCUUAUGGUGUUUUUAUGGGGAACUUUGACCAUACCGCGACCAACUAAAACCUUUUGGGUUACUCUCAUUGCAUACACUGAGGUCAUAGUAUUAAUAAAAAGCAUGUUCCAAUUCGAAAUCUUACCGUGGAACCAAAAAGCUAUACCAGCGAACAUGCCUUUCACUGCGCCGAGAAUUAUCGGAAUAGAGAGGAAAUUCAACUAUGCAUUAUAUGACCUACUUCUUCUACUCAUUAUAUUUUUACAUAGAUUUAUGUUGAAAUCGCUGGGCUUGUGGAAGGAAUCAACGCCGGAGGUAGAAUUAAAAGAGGAUAUGGAGUAUCCCUUGAACCCUUCUGAUACCCAAUUGUUGGUCGAAGGUCGCGGUGAAGAAGUGGGUCGGAAGUAUCUAGAAAUGCACGAAAGGCCGACCCCGCCCGAAGAAACGGAGACGAAUGAUAUAUCUGAAACCCCGAAAAAAACGGUAGAACUAAGAGAACCUGAACAAACGGAAGAUCACGACAUAGAACAAGAACCUGGUCCCUCUAAAGUCAUAGACGACGAUCAUUACAAAGUCAAUGACGACCAAGAACCGAUAAUUGCUGUUGCGACGACGUUAGAAGAUACAUAUAGCCACUAUCCUCAAGUAAUUGUGUUAUCCGUGAAGCGCUACCUGUCGCCCACGCGGCACUUCUUCCAGCGCAUGCUGGCGCCGGGCGCGCGCGUCACGGCCGACAUCUACGCCUACAUGUUUCUCUGCGACUUCUUCAACUUCCUCGUCGUUAUAUUCGGCUUCGCUGCUUUCGGAACUCAUCAAGGGGACGGCGGGGUGCAGGCUUAUCUGGAAGAGAACAAAGUACCGAUCCCAUUUUUGGUGAUGUUAAUUCUUCAAUUCGGUCUGAUCGUGAUAGACCGCGCGCUCUACCUCCGCAAGUUCAUGCUGGGCAAGAUAUUAUUCCAAUACGCACUCAUCAUCGGCGUGCACAUUUGGAUGUUCUUCGUCUUACCCUUCAUCACUGAGAGAACAUUCAACGCUCUGUUGCCGCCGCCCAUGUGGUACAUGGUGAAGUGUGUGUAUCUGCUGCUGUCCGCGUAUCAGAUCCGCUGCGGGUAUCCGCGCCGCAUCAUCGGCAACUUCCUCUGCAAGUCCUACCACUUCCUCAACAUGGUUUGCUUUAGAGGAUUUAUGGCUGUGCCUUUCUUGUUCGAGUUACGCACACUGAUGGACUGGAUCUGGACGGACACAUCUAUGACGCUCAUGGACUGGCUCAAAAUGGAAGAUAUAUUCGCCAGUGUUUUCUUACUGAAGUGCUCGCGCUACGUGGAGGACGAGUUCCCGCAGCCGCGCGGCGCCAAGAAGUCGGCGACGUCCAAGUACCUGCUGGGCGGCGGAGUGCUCGCCUUCGUCAUCGCCAUCAUCUGGUUCCCGCUCGUCUUCUUCGCCUUCGGAAACUCCGUCGGGCAACCGAAUCCACCGACAGACGUCACGGUGAAAAUUCGAAUCGGACCAUUUCUGCCGGUCUACCAGAUGUCGGCACAAUCGCAUAAUAUAGACGUCUUCACGGAGCAGGACUACACGCAGCUGAGCAACCAGUACGCGCGCGACCGCACGGCGCAGACGUUCCUGUCCAACUACAUGUACAACGACGUGGCCGUCGUCACCAUCAACCCCAACUCCACCAUGACGUGGCAGAUCUCACCGCCCGAGCUCGCCCGCCUCGAGAGGGAGGCCGUCUCCAAUGCGUCGCUUGCGGUGAAAUUCACUUACGUCAUCACACAUCCGAGCAACAACGCGCAGAACCCGCCCACCAUAGACAACAAUCGCGAGGUGCCGCUGGACGCCUACAUUGACGGGAAGCCCAACCCCGAGAGGGAGACGUUGCUGAAGCUGCUGGCGGACACCGCAAAGCCCGACACUUGGCUAAAUGUGAAGAUGCUCUUCCCGAAAUUCCUAAAAGUCUUCAAUAAAGGCACUACGAAGCCUGCCUACCAGUUGAUGCCCCCGAUAUCGGGGACGGAGCACGACGACGCGCGGUUCUACCGCGACGUGCAGCUGCGCCUCGAGCGCGAGGGGGACAGCGUGUACUGGCGCGUGCGGGAGGCCUGCCAGCAGUCCGACUACCUCGCAGCGAUUCCGAUGAACAACUGUGAUAUGCUCGUCAUGUACACUUUCAAUGACAAACUCUUCCCGGAGACUCUCAAUUUUAUAUCAGGAGGAGGAAUAAUCGGGCUGUACACGACGUUCGUGUUCCUGGCGUCGCGCGUGCUGCGCGGCUUCUUCUCGGGCAUCUACACCAAGAUCAUGUUCGACGACCUGCCCAACGUGGACCGCGUGCUGCAGCUGUGUCUCGACAUCUAUCUGGUUCGCGAGGCUUUAGAGCUGUCCCUAGAAGAAGACUUAUUCGCGAAAUUAGUAUUCUUGUAUCGAUCGCCAGAGACCAUGAUAAAAUGGAGUCGACCGAAGGAAGAAGAAAGUCAAGAACAAAGAGCACUACCAGCUCCGAACUGAUCUGCGUUGAGGUUUUAAUUGGUUCGAAGAUACGUAUUACCGAUAUGUCGAGAUUAAUAAUUUAAUCAAUUAAAAGAAAGGAAAUGAAGUAGAAAUAAUUAUUGAAAUGGAGGAUUUUUCCUAUAACUUAUUUCCUAUAUCUUAUAGUUGACAACGAAAAAUAUCUGUUAAAUAGGUUUAAUAUUUUCUUAUAUAUUAUUCAUCUUUAUACAAACAUAGUAGCUGUACAUUUUAUUUAAAAAUAAUCAAAUUAAUUUAUAUAGAGAUAAUUUUAUAUUUAUAUAUAUUGUUGUAAAAACUGGAUAACUUGUUCGUCCGUAUAAUGUCAGCUUCAAAUCUUAAAUAAAAGCGUUGACACACAUUAAUCAUUUCAAAAGGAAUAAUGCGAUAGAUAAAAAUAUAUCUUUGUAGGUAUUUGUUUAGUUCUUUAAAAAGGAAAACAAUAAGAAAAUCCAAGAAAUCGAUAUAAAUUUGGUAACCAUUUGAGAGACCAUGUAAAUGAAUAAAUAUAGUUUAGGAUAUAAAAUACGUAAGCUGUACAGUAAGAAGGUAAUUAGGAACCUUAAGAAUAAUGCCUGUGCUUAAAUAUUUGAAUUUUACAUAUUUAACUCGAGAAACGGAUAAAUAACUCGGUCACGUAUAUGUUAUCCAUACCUACUAAUUUAUGAGUAUGUUAACAUGUAUGUGUAAUCGCAAAAAAUUUAAACCGUUCUAAUAUUUUUCACAAUAAUACGUACUAGUUUAUGUGCUUCAGAACAUAAAUGUACAAGCCACAUAUAAUUCGUAAUAGCUUUGUAUAGAUAAUAUUUGGUAUAUAUUUAGAAACCUCUUUAGAGAAAUGGUGCCUAUGGAUUUAUGGAACAGCAACAAUGUAGGGAUCCAUCCAUUGAUUGUCGAGAAUUCUUCAAGAUACAAAUAUUUACAAAUAUUUCUAGCACAACUAUUUGUAUUUUGUACCUGCACAUAGUAAUUUAUUAGUACUUAAUAAAAAAAUCUUGUAGUAUCUACGCUCUCUAAAUGUAAAACGGUUUAUAAUAUAUCAAUUUAAUUGAGUAUCUUCCUAGUCCUAUAUUACAAUUUUAUUUUUGCAUAUUUAAAGCUGUAGUCUGACUAGACAUUUUUAUUUCCGAAUAAAAGUUCGAUUAAAAGAUCGUGUUUUGUCAUUUAACUGCCUGAUUAAAGUAAUUUUUAUUGUUAUAUUUUCUUUUAUCACUUAUUUUAUCUGACUGCACAUUGUAUUAUAUACGAUGUUAGUCGAAUUAUAUGUUAUAACAUCCUUCGUUAUAUAUAAACAUUUUAUUAAUGUUAAAUUUAUGAUAUAAAUAUAUAUUGGUUUAUAAUUAUGAAUAUAACUUUUACCUCAAUCGUGUUGAACGCAUUUUUGAUAUUAUAAUUUAUUAAAUUAUUAAGUACAAAUAUUAUGUGUACAUUUUGUAACAUUGUUAUAUUUAAGCUGCAUUUAAUGUUGUUGUUUGUGAUACAAAAUAAAACUCUUUUAAAUAUU